AUGGCGGCGAGUAGUUCAGAUGGUAGUUGUGAGGAUUUGGCUUUAAUGUCAAUAGAAGACAGCUGUAGCAGGUAUAGCUCAACUGUUGGAAAGUGUCCUCUCUGUGGCAAUUAUAAAAAGGCAUUUUAUUGCAAACAGUGUGUUCAGAAUGGCGACUUUAUUCAUUCGAAAUGUAUGCAAUCGUUGUACCCUGGUCGGAAGAUGUCUUCUUCCUUCGAUCAUGUUAUUUAUCGGAGAUUCGCGGAUAAACAAAUUAACCUCUUGCGGUUGAAGAAUGACAAGUGUCAGGUAGAGAAACAUUGUGAAGAAUUGCUGUGGAAGCGGUUAAAAGCAAAUGAAUUGCAAUGUGAAAUAGAUGCCUGCAAAGAAAGAAUACGUCUUUUGGAAUUACUGAAUAAAGAGACUGCACUCAACAUUGUAAAAGGCCGAAAUGACGUAGCAGCCCUAAAAGAAACAAACAAGCAGCGAGCAGAUCGCUUGCCACGAUAUGAGGAGCGUGUCUGCCGUUUGCUGCAGUUUGUUGCCAACUUAUCUGAAGAUGUUGAAGAAAGGCGUCAGUCCUUGCAGAAAAUCCAAGAUGAGCUGAAGCACGUUAUAAGAUCAAGCAUACAGCAACUUGUGCAGUACAUCUUCCCCAUAGCACAAGUUCCAUCAGCUCAGAGUGAGGAAGACAAUGAAACACAAGAUACUGUUAGUGCCUUGGCUGAAGCAACUCGCACUGCUUAUGUUAAAGGCAAAUGGGUAUUUACCGACAGUUCUGGGGAGCUACACCAUUGUAUAGUAGCCCCAUCACUUCCUGGGUCUGGAGAUUAUUCUGCUUAUAAUGCUUGGGUUGCUGCAAACAGGGAUGGUGUUCCUAGUGGUAACAGUGAUGUUGACCACAAUGCAGCAUACAACAUUAGUGCUGCCCUUACAUACACAACCCAGUUGAUCAAUGUAUUGGCAUUUUAUUUGGAUGUAUGGUUGCCAGCAAAAUUGAGUUACAGUGAUUUUUGCAGCCAUGAAAUGAGUGACCAUCAGUUUGCAAGAAGAGUAGCAAGACUUAAUACAAACAUCCUCCAUCUUUGCUUUUCGCAAAAUGUAAAUCCUGAGCUUCUGAGACCAUCGCACACACUACAGAAUGUGCUUCACUUAUUAAACACACAAGUUAGUGACUUGGGCAGGCAAGGACCAUUUGAAGUGGACUGCAAUCUCACUAAAUCACUAGAAGAACAACUGGCACGAGAAUUGGGUCAGAAUGAGAGCUCUGAUUCAGAAGAUGAGAGUGAUAAUUUGCCAAUGGAAUGGGAAGCAGUGCCCCAUGUUUCAUGUCCAGAAAGUUCUCCUGGCCCAAUGAGCUUAGGGUCGCAGCAAGCUCUGACAAGUACUCAACAAGCUACAAGUAUGGCUGGUGGUUUAGUUACCAGUGCAGCUGCAAGUAUUGCUUCCAUAUGGAGAGGUUGGACAGGAAACAGAUAGAAUAUGGCUAUAGCUUUAUAUAUCAGUUUUUUAAUGUAUACAUUUGUGCAUGGCAAAAAAGUCACUAUGGUGUAUUAAUGUACAUUUAUUAGUAUAUUUUCCCCAUGGAGGCUUCUUUUUUGCAGUUAUCUCCUCUUUCACUGUAAAAUUUUACUUUUUUCAGCUGUAUCACAUUUUUUGCUGAAGUUACCAAUUUGCACUCAAACCGCCAUUUUUUUAAAUGACAGUGGAAGCCGCUAUUUUGUGUAGGUGGUGUUCAUUUUCUCGGGGUAGUGCAGGUGAUCCCAAUAAACAAAAAUGAGAUUUAUAGACUCUGACUGGUGAUUCUUGUACGCCUUUGAUUUUACACUCAGAGUUUUCGUCGUAUAUGGCUUUGUAUUAUUUCGUGUAGAACUCAAGUUUCACAAUUGCACACUUCAAUUUAUGAAUAUUUUUUUCUCAGUAAUAAAAUUUUAUUAUAUUGGAUUCACGAGGAACAGUUGUAACAAAACUAGUUGAACAGUUACUAGGAAAACAUUUGUAAUUUUGUAUGAAGUAUCAUAUCAUCUAACACCUCACUUCACUAUAACUGCUGUUCAUGCAAAUGGAAAGCAUCACAUAAAAUAUAAAACAUUACUAGGGGUAUUGCUUUGAGACUGUGUCAUAACUGCACUUAGGUUGGUUACUACAUGCUGUGGAUAAAUUCUCGGCGUAAGUGCCACUUUAUGCUUUGGACAGAGUUAAAGUCUAAACAGUAUGGAAGUAUUGACUGUAAUACGUUUGGUUAUAUAAUAAGAAAGAAAAGUAAGGAGUCGUUAACCCAAAUCCCCAUUAUGUACUAUAGAGGAAUAUGAUAAAUUUCUCUUGGCUAAAAACUAUACAGAGAUCAUAGAGUAAACGAAAUUUACUAUUAGCCAUUUUAUAUAAUCCUCUCUGUUUGUCAUCAUUUUUAAAACUUGUGUAGUACAUAGGGACUAGCAAAUUCUGAUUUAGAACAAUCGGGUGUGGGAUGUAACAAACUAAGAAACUGCUGAACAAAUUCUGACCCUUCAUUAUCAUAAUACUGCACUUUUUAAGUAGUCAUGUAAUCCGUAUUUGGCUGAGAUCCUUGAACAGUUUUUUAUGGUUAUCUUAAAGCUCUAAAAGCUUGUGAUAAGCUCAUUAACAUCCACAAGUUUCUUCAAGGUUUUUCGUGCAUAUCACAAACACUUUAUAAAGUUUGAUUCCCCCCCUCAGCUCUCCAGCUAUUGUUUAUGUUCGGCAGGGUUAACAAUGUGUCUGGGUAAAUUCCACAGUUCAGACAAAUACAUUCUGUGGGAAAAUGUCAGGUCUGGCAUUUGUGUAGAUUUACCCGAUAAUCUUACUACGGCGUCACUUUUUGUAUCGACUUAAUGUGAGAUGUAAAUUGAUAACUCAUGACAGUCAUAGCACUUAUUUGUUCUGUUUGCAUCAUUCCUCACCCCCAGUAUCCGUACCCCGUUUGGAGUCUGUACUGUGGCACUACCCAAUCUGAAGACUUAGUGGACCUUUCGGAAGGCUUAUUCAAACUUUUUGGGUGAACAGUGUACUGGAGAAUUAAGUUAUUUCUCAUGUACACUGUUAAAGACAAGCAUAUGUUGUUUAGUGCAGGGAAAAAAGUAUUAAAGAAAGUUAAACUUGAUGUAAGUGGGUCAGUUUUAAAUUAAAUGAACUGUAGAUGGAUUAAGUUUUCAGAAAAAUUUAUUAAUCUCACCAACAGGUUACUGUGAGCAGACUCUUACAUUAUUUCUUCAUCCUAGCAUUUAGACACAUCAGCAGGGGAUACUUCUCCACAACUUGGACAACAUUUUUCUCAAUCUCUUGUGCCCUCUGGGCAUACUGGUGAUACAAAUCUUUGCUGUUAGUAUCCCAUGCUUUCUGCACAUGUUGCCCAAUAUCACACACAUUCACUCCCCUUUAUGAAAUGCAGAGUAGUAGAAAGCCACACAGAAAGACCAAAGAGGCCUGGAUAGAUAUUCAGCUUUUAUUGCCGUAACUGUCAUGUGUCAGCCAGGAAAGAAAAAUCAUAUUUGCUGUAUGUUCAGAGCAGUAGUAAUAAAUCUCUGUGUGCUUGUUGACUAAAUAGUGGGUGGUGAUUAUUUCUCCCUGCUGUUUGUUUUCCAUCCAUAUUCUCAUUACAGAGAUGUGUUUCAGCAUAAAAAACUGGUUUACAGUUAUAGGUUAAUAACAUUUGAAGUGAUUCUUAGUAGCAGGCCACCAAACACUUCGAAACACUUUUUGUUUUUAUGAAAUAUGUUCACUUACAGUGAACAUAAGUGUGUGUUGCUUAAUUUUUGUUAUUAUUUUUGAAACACACUGUACCAGACCUAGAAACUGUGUAACAUUAGCAGUGACCAAAUAAGUUAUAUUCUGCCAGUUUUUAACUUAUCUCAAAAAUCUGCCCCCCCCCCCCCCCCCUCCCUCCCUCCCACGUUAGCUCUUCUUUUUUCUACUUUUGAUAUCUGUUAAAAUGAUAUGUAGUAAUAAAUUGGCUUUGAGGAGAAUGUGACAUGUUUAUAAAAAUUUGAAAAAUGGUAUUAUUGGAAAACAAAACAGACAACUGCAAGAAGCUUUUUAAACUUCUUUCUUGCAAAUGAAGAUACAUACCUAACAUUUGUAGACUCCAUACUUCUUAACUGUGAGUCGUAUAUGCUACAGAAAAUACCAUUAUACUAAUCUAAAUAAAGUUCUACUAUUUACAGCUGUACCUGUAAGUUGUUGUGCAGCAUUGUCAGUUACUUCAACUGCAAGUCUAGUAAUGAAAUCAGCAUUUGUCAUUCUCUUCUAGUACACCAACUUUUACAGCCAAAAUACAUCUGAUAGUCUCAUCAGCAGCCUCAAAAUAUAAAACUUUAUCCAGCAUUUGACUAUUCUGUGAUGAAAUAUAUAGUAUUGCAACCAGUAGUUUGCCAGAUCAACACUGUCAGUUUGCAAGGUCAACACUGUCCAAGUUCAAAUUGUAAUCUAGUGUUUGCUGUGGCAGCAGCACAACUAUAUAAUUUUUGUUUAAUUUCUUGGUGAUGUCAUGAGCCUCUGGGACAAUUAAUAUAAAUCCCUCUAGUCACCCCACUUCAUUAUCUACACAUUAUAUUUAUAUUUAUAGGUCACUUUGUCUUUCAUCUGAAUUGCAAUUAAUUCUUGAGGCAUUAUUCUUCUUUAUCUUUUUACAGCAUCCACAGCUCUAAUUCCUUCUUCAGCUAGAUGCUUAAAGAGAUCUGAACUAGGUUAAAAGCUACUUACUGGAACAAUAAGGCAUCUAGUUAAACAGAUUACUAUCAGAGAUGUUUCAUAACUGUUGCUGAUGAGUUGAUAGCCUGCUUUUCAGCAUAGACUCCUGUAGAUUAGAUACGCCACUUUUUACUUUGUCUGCAGUGUUUAUUUUCAAGGCGUAUUUGCAAGACUUCAUACACAUAUAAAAGCUCUGACAGCAAGAUUUUUAUGCAGGAAGUAUGCCUAUUAUCUGAGACUGUUAUGACAAGGAACCUCUUAGGAGGAGGAAUGAAAUCCUUCUCCCAGUCUUCUCUGCUUGCACAGCACAUCAGUAUUUCUCACACACUUGUCAGUUCUUGCAAACUGCAGUUAAAACACAUUGCUGGAAUAGUGGCUGAUUUUAAACACUCCUCUAAAUUCCAAACUGAAAAAGGUUUUGCCUAAUUUUUAUUCUGCGUCUUUGAUAUUUUUUGAAUAGUGUACAUGGUUCUCUAAUGUCUUCAUUGGUUAGAAAAAUCUUAGCACAAUCCAGAACUAGACUCAAGGAAUCUAUGUUCAUGAGAAUUUUGCUCCACAUUUUGUCGAUGGGUACUAAUAGUCGAUCAUAAGCUGCACUCGAGAGGUCAUAUUUUCAACUCUACCAUCAAGCAGCACAUACUAACAUUCGCCAUUGCUUCCAAACUCUUCUUAUGAACUGCUUUCAUUUAUUUCAUCUGCUGACAAGAAUAAUAUAAUUUCUUGCUCAUCAGCUGCAAUAAAAAUAACAGAAAUAAUAAUUUGAAUAAAUUAUUGUGCACAAGUAGUAACAGUGUUUCAUGAUUAAUAUGCAAACACUUUUGUACCUUCAACAUCCCACUUUGCCUAGAAUUAUAUUCUUCAUUGUCUAAAUUGCCCAAAAGUUCUCCUAAGGCAAGAAAGACAGUAAUUUGCAGAUUGUGCAAUCUUUGAUGUACUGCCUAUCAAGAGUCAUAGUCCACUGUGAGUAGUGUGCAGUGUUAAGUGCAAAGGCAUCAUAUUUUUCAAAUACACUAAAUACAAAGUGUUGUCCUACACCCACCGGUGAAUGCAAAUUAUAGCAAAGUCUACAGGACACCUGUUGAUGCCCCAGGCUGCCAAAAAAACACAGGGGUAAGUAACACAGCAGCCAAUAACGUGUAUUGAAUUGGCAAUAUUCAUAUUGCAUAUAACCUGAAACUUCGCAAGUUUUAAGCUGUGUGUGUUAAAAAAUGAAUUCAUUUGUAAUGUGUAGGGUACAAGAGAAUAUUGAAAUCAUCAUACCUGUAUAAUGAUCACACUUUCUCUCGAAGUAUUCAGAUAAACAUUUUAAUUAUUGCUUAUAAAGAGUAACGCAAUAUUUUGUAAUCUGUUCCCUUAACCAUGAUGUUGGUUCUGGAAUAUUCUUGAUAUUGAUAUACUGGGUAUUUCUAUUCUUCCCAGGCUUUCAUUGGCCGAAUUAACAUUGCCGUUAGAUACAUAAAAAGAUUCUUUCAGCUUCUCACAUGCACAAAAUUUUGAUAUUCUUGACUUUUCAGUUGGUAUGGCAGUUUUCUAUUUGCUAAAAAACUGACAUAAAUAAAAAUAAAAACAUUACUGGGGGUGGAUGAGAAACAACAUUUUAUUAUUCAUAAUUUGAAGUGACAGUCAUACUGGUUUUUACGUAGGUCAAAAGAUUACUAUUCUUGCUAUUGACAGUCUGAACUUCUUGAAGAUAAUUGUGGAGAUUUGCCAAAAACUUCAAAACAAUUACCACACUCCAUUCAGACUUAUCCUGUGACCUGAAAUGCUAGAUAUUACUAGGCAUGACACUCAAGAAUGAAGUUAAUUUGUAAGUGAUAACCAUGGAAGUGGACACAUUUCAUGUUACUGGCUGACUAGCAAAUAGUAUUUGGGGGGGGGGGGGGGGGGGGGAUGUUGUAAUAUCCAAGAGCAUAUGACAAUAAAAUAAGCUGCCCUUGUCAAGAAUUAAAAUUUGGAAACAGAACUAUUGUGUUAAUAAAAUUCACACUUUUUAAAAUAGAACUUUUAUCUGAUGCAGUGAAACUAUACUUCCAUUGAACUGUUGAAGAAAACCUUUUGACUGGACUAGAGACCACUGCAGAGUACGAAAAUGGCGAUUUAAAUUUGUAGCUACGGUUCAGUUAUACCUAAAGAUGAUGUUGAAGGUGUGCUUAACACUGGUCAGUGGACAACUUUGAAACAAAAUCAAUUCUUUCAGCACCUUAACUUUCCAGGUAGGAAAUGGGAGGAAGAAGGUAGAGAAAGUACACGAUCUUUUAUGUUUCCCUCCAUAACUCUGAAUGUAUUGACAUCUUAUGUUCCUGCGGAGUAUCAUAAGGUACUUUUAAGUCGUGUGUGUGUGUAUCCCCCCCAAAUGAAUGUCUUAUGUGAGACUUACAGUAUCUGCAGGUUUCUUGCUGUUUCUUCUGAAUAUAGGUGCAGAAAUGGGUGAAUUUGAAAUCUGUCACUAUGUUUGCAAUUGGACGUGUGUGUGUGUGUGUGUGUGUGUGUGUGUGUGUGUGUGUGUUUGUGUGUGUGUGUGUGGAGGGGGGGGGGGCAUUUUGACAUCCAAGAGCUCACUAGCUCAACUUGCAUCUUCUUUGCAGUUUUUACUUGUACACAAAGAUUCUAAUCCUUUCUAAGAAAACACAGUUAGUGGAACACUUAAGUCAAUGAAGCUUUCUUCUCAUUCAACUAACAUGUGCAUACAUUGCUACUGGUUGUGAUUCUUUGCUGGAUUCGUCGUAUAUUUUCAUAUAAAGAAGUGAGAACAUAGAAAUGUGGCCAGUCAUUCCUGAAACAAAUUGAAAUGAAUAUUCUCAGUAGGCUUUCUUCCCAAAAGAACUUAAUGACUGAGCAUUUGUGUUAGUGCUAGUUAAAUAUUUGCAUUUUGCUUCUGUUUUGUCAGGUUUUUUCCCUUCAAUUCUUUGUGCAGCUAUUUCAGUUUCUGAGCGAUAUUCUAAAGUCAGAUGGACAAGUUUCAGCUAUUUUCUGUAGCAGGAGUGGAAUAAAAUAAGGUAGAUAUACCAUGCAGCUCUUAUCUGAAAAUAUCUGUUAUUGUUGAUCUUGCAAUCAGUCAAUUAUCAUCUGUAUUUAAUUACUGAUCUUUGUUUAUUGUGGUAAUUUAUGCCAAAAUAGAACACUUUUUUUUCUGUGUUGAGUUUUUCUUACUUUCAGAGCGCGCCCCCCCCCCCCCCCCACACACACACACACAGUUCUAUCAGAGAUGAAACCCUUAAUUAUUUAUUUAUUUAUUUAAAAAUCUGUAAAAUUAUUAUCCAAGAAAAUGUUACCAAAUCUCUCUUGAAAUUUUGUGAUCUAAUUAAAAAUGCUAAUGUUGAAGAAAUUCAGCCAGUAAUGUUUAUAUUGAAAACAAUCAUUAAGUACUUUGUAACAAAGUUUGUAAUACAGUUUAACUGAAGAGCAUUAAUAGCAGCCAUAUACAUAGUUCAUACAGGUUAUUGCACUUGUUUGAAAGUUUGUCUUUGAAUGUUCCUACUGUCUGAAAAUUGGAUGUUUUGAACGUAAAACCUUACCAUUCUGGUAUCAUGUUUCUUGUCUAUGAUUUGCCAGAAAAUAAUUGAUCUCAUAUGCAAACAGCAAAGAUUUUUAAAUGUGCUAUUUAACAUAUGGUAUUUAAUACUGUUGUCUGUUCACAGGUGAAAAAUGUGUUGUCCUUAAUUGUAUUAUUAAUUUAUAAAUGUCAAAAUUAUAAUGUGAAUCUGGUUAAUGUGUAUCUGGUUGUUUUGUUUCACAAAUGUCCUGUUAAAGGCAUAUUUAUAAGACUGGCUGUGCAAAACCUGACAUUUAUUCAAAUUCAGAUUUUUUAAUUGAAGGAAUAAGUACUUUAAAGUAGCAGCAUAUGUUGAAAUUCAAGUACUAUAGGAUAAUUUUUUAUAAAUAAUUAAUGUAAGAUUAACUGAGGAAUUAUGUAAAGUAUUGUUGAGAUUUUGAGGUACUGAUUUUAAUUGUGAUACACACUUUAAAGUGUGAAUUUUAUACUGAAAUAUCUUGAUAUUGUUUGUAAGAAAUAUUUUUAAGGUGACUAGUACAAAUUUUGUUUAAUAAAUGUUUAUCUACCUAUA